AGUUUUUCCUAUUAACAACAUAGAAACUGAUCACCCACCUGUUACUCAAAACAAUAGAACCUCAGGGAGGACUUUUCUAAUCCUGGAAUAGAGGCAGCACCUUGCCUUGAUGUCUUUCUUUGUAAAAAUGUCUACAGCAGAUUUGAUGGAGAAUCUCAGGGAAGAACUGACCUGUUUCAUCUGCUUGGACUAUUUCACCCGCCCGGUGACCACUGAGUGUGGGCACAGCUUUUGUCUGGUGUGUCUCCUGAGGAGCUGGGAGGAACACAGUACUCCUUUAUCUUGUCCUGAGUGCUGGAGGGCCUUGGAGAGUCCACACUUCCAGCCCAAUGAGCGUCUGGGGAGGCUGGCCGGCAUCGGCAAACAGCUCCGAUCCCAGGUGCUGCAGAGCGAGGGCGGACAAGGCGGCUCUGGGAGAAUGCUGGCAGUCGCUAAGGCUUUUUCUGAUGAGCAGCAGGGUGUAAACGCUUUCUCAACCCAGUGUCAUGGAAUAAACAGAUUGUAUCCCUCCAGUGAGGCUGAGGAGCGUCACAAAGAGAAACUCCAGGAAAUCUUAAAUCUUUUGCGUAAAAAGAAAAAGGAAACUCAGGUUGUAUUAUCCCAUGAGAAGGAGAGAGUAACACUGUGCAAGGAAGAGACAAAGGCCUGUAAGCAGGUUGUUGUGUCAGAAUAUGUAAAAAUGCACCAGUUUUUGAAGGAGGAGGAACAACUACAGCUCCAGUUACUGGAAAAGGAGGAAAGGGAGAACAUGAAGAAGUUGAGGGACAAUGAGAUCAAGCUGACCCAGCAAAUAAGAAGCCUAAGCAAGAUGAUUGAGCAGAUAGAGUCCACCUGUCAGCGCUCCACUUUAGAAUCGUUUGAGGAUGUGAAAGGAACACUGGAAAGGAGUGAGCCACUCUUGCUCCAGUGUCCAGAGGCAGCCGCCACGGAACUGAGUCUGUGCCGCAUCACUGGAAUGAGGGAGAUGCUAAAAAAAUUCAGCACGGACAUAACUCUGGAUCCAGCUACAGCCAAUGCCUAUCUUGUCUUGUCUGAGGAUCUGAAAAGCGUGAGACAUGGAGGAAUCCGACAGCACUUACCCGACAACCCAGAACGAUUUGACCAGUCUGCAACUGUGCUGGGCACUCAGAUCUUCACCUGUGGGAGACACUACUGGGAGGUGGAGGUGGGCAACAAGACCGAGUGGGAAGUGGGCAUUUGCAAGGACUCCGUGAGCCGAAAGGGCAAUCUCCCGAAGCCACCUGGGGACCUCUUCUCACUUAUAGGCUUAAAAAUUGGAGAAGAUUAUAGUCUUUGGGUCUCAUCACCUUUAAAAGGUCAACACGUCCGAGAGCCUGUGCAUAAGGUUGGCGUUUUCUUAGACUACGAGUCUGGACACAUAGCGUUCUACAACGUGACAGAUGAGUCCCUCAUCUACAGCUUCCCUCCAGCCUCUUUCCAAGAGGCUCUCAGGCCGAUCUUCUCCCCUUGCCUCCCAAAUGAAGGGACGAACACGGGCCCUCUUACCAUCUGCUCACUGAACAGUUAUGUCUGAGGGACAUGCCCCCGAGCCUUCACCAAGGAUGAGGUCUAAGACCAAUAGAUGAUUAUUAAUUAAGAUGAUUUAUGCAUUGACACUAUCAAUAUUGGGUGAUCUUAAAGGAAAGCCCCUGAAAAGGCUUUCUGUUAACUUGAGCCACAAUCAACGGCCAAGUUGGACAAUCAACUUUCAACACCAUAGAAGGCUAAUCAAGUCCUGUCUUUGACCAAAUUCAUUAUCUAGACUGUCCUGCAUACACGCUGGUCACUGAAAAUGUAGAGAAAGAAUUAGCCCCUAUUAUCCCUGAUCCCAUUGUCAUAGGCCAGUUUUAUAAAUGUAUGUCAUGUU